AUGGGGAGAAAUCUCAUUAAAAAUGGAUGCGGAGAAGAGGAAUUUGAAUUCUGGGAAAUUGAUCAGAAUGGAGGAGAUGGCUGGAAGGUGGAAGAGGUUCCCGGAGACUGUGGAGCUACAUUUCCAGAUGACGGUGUCAAGAAAUACUUUGCUUCAUCCUUUGAAUGGUGCAGUAAGUUUCAGGUGAUUGAUCUAGUCAGUGAAGGCUUUUCGGAAGAGGCCUUAGACAAUGAGCAGCCCAGCAUUGUGGUCAGUGACUGGUACUGUGGCCGGACAGAUGCGGGCUGUCUAUAUGAUCUCUGUGUAGAGCUUCUCUCUGAAACCCGUGAUGUGAUCACUGAACACAAGAGUGACACCAUCGCAGUUCCACAGUCUGCUGAUAGCACCUGGAACGAGAUCACUCACACGUUUUCUGGUUACGGUCCAGGAGUGCGCUUUGUCCAGUUCAAGCAUGGCGGUCAGGACUCCGUCUUCUGGAAGGGCUGGUUCGGAGUCCGUGUGACCAACAGCUGCGUCAGAGUUGAAGCUUAA